GAAGAGCCAAAUGUUAUUAACCAAACCAAUUUCCAGCUGAUUUUCUGUAUUCUUGUACUACUAACUCACAGCACACACACCAUUUCUCUCUCUCCUGAACUUCUAAAUAUCUUAAGCUGAAUUUUAGUACCAUACCAUUUACUCCUCCUAGUUCUUCUUCUUCUUGUUAUUAUUAUUAUUUUAUUAUAUAGUUUUAUAAUCAACUCGCUCUGAUCGAAUAUAUAAUUAUAAAAAAAAUACAUAUAUUAUCGAAUUUUGUGUUAAUGGAGAGUACCGAUUCAUCAACCGGCUCUCAUCAUCAGCCACAAUUGCCACCUGGAUUUCGAUUUCAUCCCACUGAUGAAGAACUUGUUGUUCAUUACCUUAAGAAAAGAGUUGCCUCUGUUCCUCUUCCUGUUUCUAUUAUUGCUGAAGUUGAUCUUUACAAAUUUGAUCCUUGGGAACUACCUGCUAAAGCGACAUUUGGAAAACAAGAAUGGUACUUCUUUAGUCCAAGGGAUAGGAAGUAUCCAAACGGGGCGAGGCCUAACAGAGCGGCAACUUCCGGUUACUGGAAGGCUACCGGAACCGACAAGCCGGUGCUCACCGCCGGCGGGACUCAAAAAGUCGGUGUCAAAAAAGCAUUGGUUUUUUAUGGAGGCAAACCUCCAAAAGGGGUGAAAACAAAUUGGAUCAUGCAUGAAUAUAGGCUUGCUGACAAUAAAACAAAUAAUAAGCCCCCUGGUUGUGACCUUGCCAAUAAAAAAUCACUAAGGCUAGAUGAUUGGGUUUUAUGUAGGAUUUACAAGAAGAAUAAUACUCAAAGGCCAAUUGAUCAUGAAAGGGAUGAUUUGAAUAUUGAUAUGAUGAUGGGAUCAUCAUCAAUUAAUCCAUCAUGCAUACCAAAUUCCAUGUCAAUGCCAAAUAUUUUUUGUCAAGCAAAAAUCCCACAACUAAAAUCUUCAAAUUUUGGUACUACAUUGCUUCAUGAAAAUGACCAAAAUUUAUACGAAGGUGGAUCACAAUUUUCUGCAAAGAGGCCACUAGCAAAUUUAUAUUGGAAUGAUCAAGAUGGAGGAGCUAGUAACGACAAUUCUCAAUCAACAAAAAGGUUUUUGACGGAGAAUAUGGAGGACGGAUUAAAUAUGAAUGCUCGAGCUGAUGAACACAAUGGAUCUAUUGUAAGUCUUCUGAGUCAACUUCCUCAAACUCCGUCACUUCACCAACAACAAGUUUUGGGGUCUCUUAGUGACGGAGUUUAUCGACAACCUUAUUCGAGCAUGAAUUGGUAUUCUUAGACAUCAAAUUGAAGAAGAAGAAAAAAAAGGCGAUAUUGUGAAUCAUAUUAUUAUACCAUACAAACAUGUUUAAUUAUUACAGGAUCCUAACUAAUUAUUAUUGAUUAACGAUCGACGGUGUUAAAUUAGAUUGGUGGGAUCGCUGGAUUUGGGUAUUGAGAUUUUGUUGGUUUUUUAAAUUAGAUGAUUUACAGUUUAGUGAAAAAAAAUAAUUACGUGAGGCCAUGUAUAUUUUUGUUUUAUUAACUGUUUGUCUUUACUUUAUAGUAUAUAUAAAAAUACAUACAUCUCCAAGGUUUGACUGUGAAUAGA